CGACAUCAGCUGUGCAGUAGAUGGGUAAUACCCUUUCCGGUCGGAUUUUUUGUUAACAGAGCCACGCGGCAGAAACGUUCUCACUUUUGAACUUAAUUUUGUCGUGACAACGUAAAAUCUCCACCUUCCACCAACAUGAGAAUCUACAAGGAUAUCAUCACAGGCGACGAAAUGUUUUCGGACUCGUACAAAAUGAAACUGGUCGACGAUGUGAUCUACGAAGUAUACGGUACACUGGUGAAACGCACAACCGAUUUCGAACUGGCUGGUUCCAAUCCAUCGGCAGAAGAAGCUGACGAAGGCAGCGAGGCAAUUGUUGAACAGGGCGUCGAUGUAAUUCUGAAUCAUCGUUUGUGCGAAACCUAUGCCUUUAACGACAAGAAAUCGUAUCUGCUGUACUUGAAGGAUUACAUGAAAAAAAUCACCGCCAAACUGUCCGAAUCCAAGCCUGAUGAGGUGGACACAUUCAAAAACAACAUCAACAAACAGAUGAAAGACAUUCUUGGUCGAUUCAAGGAAUUGCAAUUCUUCACCGGCGAAUCAAUGGACUGUGACGGCAUGGUCGCUAUGUGCGAAUAUCGUGAUAUAGAUGGAACUCAGAAGCCAGUUUUUAUGUUCUUCAAGCAUGGCCUUGAAGAAGAGAAAUUCUAAAAUAGGGCCGACGAGAGAGAGAGAGAGAGACAACGAAAAUAAUGAAUGAACACCAAUUCAACAAUAAUCUAGAAACAAUUUCAAAUUUCCGAAUCGAACCAAUUUUUCUUUCCGUGUAAGACUCUCAACUCUUUAUAAUUUCUUUUUAAUAUUAAAAAAAAAACUUUUGAUUUUUGUACGUACGUUUGACCAUUUUAAUUUAUAAAUGAAAGAUAUUUUCGAGUGGCAAUGUUUUGGGAUGACGACAAAAUGUUUUUCUUCGUUCGUAAUUUCGAAACCACCGGGGGGGUUGACGUGGUGGAACUUCGAACGAUUAUAAGAUUUGUCUCUAUUGAGAUUUUUAGUUUAAUUUAUUCGCUGCCCAUUCAUACUCUACAACAGACACAUAAACACAUAAUGUUUCGUGUACCAGCCGCGUUUUGGGGUUGAAUUUACUUCCAUUUUGCUAAUUUAAUUAUCUUUUUUUUUACUUUGCUUUUAUAUUUUGUUUGGAAGGUGGAGAACAAUUUAUCCGAACAUCCAAUACAUUCUCAAUGAGCCCAUUUUCGGAUGGAUUUUUUGUUUCAUUGAUGAGGCUAUGACUAAUCCAUACACACGGCCGCUAACACUGUAACAUAUUACCAAUAUGAACUUAUUGUAAUUGUUAUAAAACGACAAAAAUAAAACAUUUG